GAAGGUGUCCCAAAGGUAUGCGUCACUCUGAGGUAUUUUUUACAUCCAUGUUAGAUAGAGAGGACUUUAAACUCCGCACACAGCAAAUAUCUUCCUGUUCAAACAGUGACCAAAGUAAGUCCAGAACCAAAGUCCAUAUCCGCAGAGGGACCAGAGGAGUUCAUCAGCAUGUCUGUGAGUAACAGCACAUUUUCAUAAUGUAGAAAAAUGUCUUCAGUGAUUAUAAAAAGGGCAUGUUUCAUAAUUUAUAAUCAGUUUACACUUGAAGCUUUUAUGUUAAAUUUUUACUUUAAAUUAAAAAUGCUUUUGGUGUGUCUGUAUUUUACAGCACUCUUCUCUCUCACUGGUUUGUUAUAAUGUAGAAAACUCAAUAAAUAUAUUCAUGAAAAAAAUUCAAAAAGCUGAAUAUAAAUGAAAAAGUUUUAGAGACGUGUAAAGUAAUAUUGCUGAUUUUUUCAGUGUGUGCAGCUUUAGAAAAGGUAUCCCUUCAUAUGUCGACUGUUUUCUUCCACAGUGUCUGGUCAGCAUGGAACUGAGUCCCCCUCCCUCGGGUUUAGAAGAAGAGUACAAGACUCUCUUCACCACUGAAUCCCUCCUCUUCCUCCACGAGCUGGUCUCCACGUUUAAUGAGGAGGUGGAUCAGGUAAGAGAGACUGUCAAGUCCUGAGUGUCCAUGGCAGGUCAAAUUUGUUUUGUCAAUGGUUAAACAUUCUCCCCUUCUCUGUACUCAGGUGCUGCAGUUACGAGUGUCCAGAAAGGUCCACUUGGACCUCUCUGGUGACCUGCCAAACUUCCUGAAAACAACCUCUCACAUUAGGAGGGACCUGGCCUGGAGGGUGCAGCCUGUCCCCCCAAGAAUGCAGAGAAGACAUGUGGAUGUUGGAGAUCUGGCUCCCUGUGACACUCAGCGAUUUUUUAAAGCCCUGUUAUCUUCAGCACAGGGGAUACAGGUGCGUCCUCUCAUCUACCAGGGGCAUGAAGAGAGGGGUGGCCACACUGCCCCUCUUUGAAAGCUGAUUAGCCAGCCUUGGUGCUGCCAAGAAAUCCCAAACUGUCACUUACUGCUUGUCCUGUUAGCGGCAAAAUUAGGGCUUUGCUGUGUUUUUUUGUUUGUUUUUGGCAGGUUGACUUUGAUGAUGGAAACUGUCCAACAUACUUUAAUCAGAUUAAAGGCAUUCAUAAUGUUUUCAAGGCGGUUCAUGGCCAGCUCCCUGGUGAGUGUGCCUUAUUCUUCAUACUUAUGUUGGCUCAUCUGUCUUUCAGUUGUAUCAGGCCUCAUACUUUCAUAUAACUGAAUCCAUGUGAUCACAGGUGCACCACAUAUAUCUCAGGCUCCUGUACUGAUGCUCCGCCCUCGGGCCUGGAACAUGGUGGACCACAACAUGAUGGUGAUCUAACAUUUAUACACUUUGAUUCAUUCAUUGGGUUAAUAUAACAGCAACUGAAGGGGCCUGUGGAUAGACAGUGCAUUCUGAUUCUUUAGUUGUUUUUCAGGUGCAGGGAAAAGAGGCUCCAGGUCCUCUCUUUGACUUUGGACUCCUCAUGUUUCACUGCGGAAAGACGCUGUUUGAGAACAAGAGUGGACCCUAUUUCUACCUCUCCAAGGUCAGCCAGUCAUGCACUCAGAGGACAGGUGUUUUAUGAAUAAGGUCUUCAUAAAAUUCUCCUCUGCUUGUUCCCUUCCUGUGCAGGUGGAGAGCUUUACGGAGGCUCGACUGUGGAACAAGAUAUUUGUCUGGACUCAACAAAAGGUCAGCACAUUCAUCAACACAUGCACAUAAAAGUGACCUGUUUUUCUGGAAGUUUAAAAUGUUCGCAGUUUAAAUGAGACAUACCCCUGUCUCUUGUCAUCAUAUCAGUCUGGUACACAUAGAGUAGCUUUGCAUAAUAUGCUGAUCCAAAGACCUGUUUAUCUUCUACUCGGUCUUUACAGCUACACUGGGGCUGUUGUUGUCCUGAAAACAUCCAAACUUUUAUUUAUUGAUCUGAUGUCAUUUUUAAAGGGACCAUGUGCAGUAUUAAACAUAAGCAGUACCAUUUGAUACAUCAUACCAGAGUGGGCUUAAAGCUGAUGUACUUCUGCUGUCCCUCUGUAGGUUAGAAUUUAAACAUCACGUUGAUUUGAAGACACUUUAUGGCACAAAGCAGAACAUUAAAAACACACACAAAUGCACCCUAACACACAUGCAUACACACAAACUGACAAACACUAAACAGCAGCUGUAAGAGUAUGUUUUUCAAAAUAAAAGCAGCGAUAGUGGGUGAGUGGUUAAAUUGUGCUUUUUAAAGUCUUUCAGUAAAUUCUUGGUUUCAGUUUGGUUUCAAAGCUGCUGAAAGAGCUGCAGUUCUCAACAUCAUCUGGGAGAGCAUUCACUGAGUUGUGGUUCUCACAAAGAAACCCACAAUCAUGUCUGUACAACCAUUCUAUUUUUGUAACAAUAUGACUGAUAUCUUAGCAUUACAACUUUAAUUACUUACAGCUUUAUUCUCGUAAAGUAAACUAAGACUUCAUUGACUUAUGAAAAUGAUUUUAAAAAUCCUAAAUUUUUCAUGUAUCCCUAAUCCUCCGCUGUAGAUAAGUGUUGACUUUGUUCAGCAUUACUUCCAUUAUUUCAGCUUUUGUCACUAAAACAGUGACAAACUCUGAGCAGUCAGAGCAGAUAAACAACAGCCGCAGGAACAGACUUUUACUGUUCUCUAUCACAGGUGCAGUAAUAAUAUAACUGGUAUGAGUUUGUCCACAGGGGGGCGCCAAGUUGGUGCUUUUCACAGCAGCUUUAAAACUGUUUGAGCCAGCAGAUCAUGCUAAACUCAGAGUAAAUCCCACAGGGUCCUGUAGUUGUCGAAUGGUCUGGAUUAUACAAGUGUUUCUGUGUCUAGGUUAAAAAAAAAAAAAACACCACACAGGCUGAUUGAUAUUAAAGGGAUAUCCCUGCGUAAAUUAAAGUUAUUGUGAAAAACACCGUAACACAGACAAAGACAAAGUGUGUGUGUGUGUGUGUGUGUGUGUGUGUGUGUGUGUGUGUGUGUGUGUGUGUCUAGUUGGGUCUGCCACACGGCUGCAUCAAGGCGACUGUUCUGAUAGAAAAUGUUUUAUCAGCAUUUGAGAUGGAGGAGAUCCUCUACGAGCUGAGAGAUCAUUCAGCAGGACUCAACUGUGGCAUCUGGGAUUAUUCAGCCUCAUUUGUCAACAAGUUUGGUAGGAGAGAAACCUCCUCUACAGCUUUUUCCCUGAUGACUGCCAGAGGUCCAGGGCUAUAUGAAGCAUCAGGACUAGUUUCCUUACAGUUAAGUAAACCUGUGUUUCCCCUUCAGGUCACCGUCACAACUUCCUGCUGCCUGACCGCAGCAAAUAUGUCAACAUGGAGAAGCGUUUCCUGCGCAGCUACAUGGACCUGCUGGUUCAGACGUGUCAUCGGAGGGGAGCGCUGGCGACAGGAGGGAUGGCUGCCCUGCUGCUGCCUCAGGACCCGCUCACUGACUCCCACCAGAGAGUGCUGGCCACUGUCACCAGGUAGAAACACCACAGCUGAGGAUGGUCUUCUUCUGUGUAUCGACUGUAUAAAGAUGGAUAACACUUCUCCAUUUCCCCCAACAAUGUGCACAAAUGUUUGGAUUAGAGUCUGAGCAGGUGGAGGUGGAACCAAAACGCACAUAAAGCUUAGUGAUAAAAUAUCAAAGAUCCCUCAGACAAACAGACAAACCUUUGGUGGAAAGUUUCAUGACUCACUUGAGUUCAUGUGUAACAUGACAGCAUCGCUCUCUUGCAGUCCGUGCAAAGAUAUAUCAAACUGCCUCUCUCUGCAGCCAACCCUCCAAGUAUCCACUCUAACUACAAACUGUUACUUUAAACACACAUCUUCAUCUUCAACUACUUAUCUGGAGUCAGGUCGCGGGGGCAGCAGCCAAAAACAGGACUCUAUAUAUGCUGCUCAAGUUUUUUGCAGAUUCUUCCACAUAAUUCAACUAGUUUGGAGAAACUCUGACCCAAGAACUGAUCUCAGUCUAAGUCUACGCUCCACUGAGAAGUUUUUCAUCACUUGAACCAUCAGAAAUCCCAUCUGUUUUUGUACUGUUUGGUGACAUAACACAUAGAGACGUGCUCUUCCACCCACUCAGCUGUUUGGUCUUCAGCAUAGACUGUAUAUAGAAUGGACGCCGUCUGCCUCCUCGCUGGGUGAAGCCACCCAGAGAACAGCACCCUCUGGUGACAGGCUGCAGUGAAGGUCAUAAAUCCUGCCUCCUCCAGCAAUCCCUAUGGAGCUGUGGACAAAUUUUAGAAUAUAAGUUUUCUCCCCCCUGGUUGUGAUGUUGACAUGUAGUUACCGUAAAACUGGUUUGUGCUCAAGUCCUCGUUUUUCUGUGAAGCUCCAUUUUUAAAAGUUAUUAGGGGGUUCAUGUUUGCUAUGUUUGACACCUGAUACAGCCUAUGGGCGUACAAAGAUUGCAUAGCUCACCUGGAGGAUACGCUGUUUGAGCCGAGUGCCAUUGCAGCAACUUUCAGUGACUCUCCCACUGAGUGCGUACAUUGCUACUGGGCCGUGUUGGUUUCAGGAAGUGAAGAAAAAAACUGGAAAUACUGAGAACAAUUCGGCUUCAAAUCUGUAUACUGGUGGAAGGCGGAACCAAGUUGUCAAUAGUAUAUACAGUCAAUGGUCAUCUGGCUUUAAAGAGACAAAUGAAAAAUAAAUUCAAGCAAACAGAGAAACUUCGGUCUGUCAGGAGUCAGACUUGGUAACAGCAGCACCUGUGGGUCUCUAGGGAUCAACAUAAACCAGCAGUUCACACGAGUCCACUGUUGUGCUGAACACUAAACUCAGUUUGAUACUGACCUUCUAUAUCAUUUAGGACUUCAAUCAGAAAACCAGAACAGCUGAAUGAAAGAGUGUCUUCAGAGGCAGAGCCCCUCUCUAUCCGCUUUUUUAUUGAAUCAUGACACAACCCAUGUUGACCUGAUCUGAAUACACUGUGUUAGCUGCUGAAGUCAGAAAAACUCUACCUGUUUUGGUUUCACUUUUGGGGAGCCAUCAUGAUGUUUGGCUGUUCAUCCUGGUAGUGGAUUCUCUCCUCUUCCUCUUAGACUGAAGCUGUUAGAGAUCCAGGCAGGUGUGGACGGCUUCAUGGUGUACGACCUCAGUUUGAUUGAGCCCAUGCAGAGAGUAAGUGCUUCAUCAUGACCUUCAUGAGUCUUUAAAAAGAUACAGAGAAGCUUUAAGAUCAUUGUUUUUGUUUUUUAUCUCCUCCAGCUCUUCCAGCUUCACACCAAAGGGGAUAACCAGCUUCACCAGCUUCGAAAUGACGUCAGUGUGACUCCUGAAGACCUGCUGUCCAUGCCUUCAGUCAGUCUUUGAGUCAUUUCAGAAUUUCAUCUGCAGGAAAUGCUGCAACAUUUCACCACUACUGUGAAGAGAUUCACUAAGCAUGCUUGAAUGUGAACAUGGCAUGGAAAUAUCUUAGUCUGACAGCCUUUUAUAAAGACAAAAAGUUUGUUAUAAAAACUUGAUUGGGACGAUGUCUUUUGUUUCCCUCAGGGAGGAGUCACCCUCUAUGGAUUGAAGUACAACAUUGCAGUUGGCAUUCUCUUUAUAAAUGCAUGGUUAUCAGGUGGGUACGCUCCGACACAAUGACUUUACCUCACUUCACACAGAAGAGCAUUUGGAGUGAUGAUGGAUCUUGGAGUCAUUCUGUUACCUGUUCAAAGUUGGCUCUGUUUUUCAGGUGUUGGUCACUUUUUCUACAGAGGCCAGGUGGAAGAUUCGGCCACAGCAGAGAUCUCCAGAUCACAGGUACGGCUGGACAAAGUCAGGAUACUGCUGUGCUGCUAUCAGAGGGAGAGACAGAGGCGUUACAGGGCUGAGACGGUGUCAUUGUAAAUUGUGUGUGUGUGUGUGUGUGUGUGUGUGUGUGUGUUCCAGGUGUGGCAGUGGAUCCGUCAUCAGAUGAAGCUGGAGGAUGACAGCAGGGUGGUGAGCAGGCGGCUGGUGACUGACCUCACUCAGGAGGUCCUGAUGGAGCUCGGCGCUCUCAUCCACUCUGUGAGGUGAGCAGACACUGCCUGAGGACACUUUAAGCACAUGACCUACUGUACAUCACAGGCUGCAGAGAGGAUAAACUGUCUCUUUGUAAAGGAUUUUUUUUUAGAUAUUUUGCUAUUAUUAGAUAGGCAGCAAAAGAUCACGUCUGGGAGUCAAACCAGCCCCUCCUGGAACAAGGACUACAGCCUCGAUGUACGGAGUGUGUCUUUGGUGCCUCGUACUUUUGUAAGAUUCUUCAAACCAACUCUCCCGCUGUCCAUGUAACCAGGUUAUUGUUGGUUUUUCUGCCAUCUCUGACCCCCUAUGUCUACUAUCAUUAGAGGAUAUGUCUCUGAAUGAUGGUCAACUUUCCAGCAUUCUGAUGUAGGUCAUAGUUGGAGAUGAACAACCUCCAGCUGAUACUUCUGCAUCGUUUACAGUCAAGCAAACACCCUGAGAAGGAAAGCAAAGUAAAUCCAUGCAGAUUUAUCUCCAACAUGAAGGUCAUGGUUUUUGGUUCACUGUAUCCCCCUGGUCUCGUGUCAUUCAUUCAUUCAUUAGUUCAGGUGAGUCUCAGUUUCACUGUAAAUACUAAGUUACACAGUGGCUUCACUCUGGAUUACUACAGAAAAAGGGCAUUAUUAUUUAUCCUCUAACGUUACUCUCAUUGUUUUAGACUCUGGGCUCAGUACCUGCUACUCUCUGUGCCAGCAUAAUGAGCUAUUUAUGCUUUUGUUUUGGAAAUUUGAACUUGUCACUUUCACCUGCUAUCUAACCGCUCUAUGACUGCCUGACCUGAAUGAGAAAUGAUACAAAGAAAAGGAAAAAUCUCAGAUCGGAGCUUAUUUUCCCCACUUUGUGUCAGAUAACAAAACAAAAAUAAUUUUGCCACGUGCCUUUAUUUGAUUUGGGGUUUAAACGGAGGACACCGUGUGACUGUUUUAGGUAUUUUGUCUUAUCUGUGGUCCAAUAUUUUAAAAAAAAUGGUAAUAGGGAAAAACAAACAACCAAAGAUGAAAAAUGGGCCAAAGGUGCUCUGAUUUGGAUUUCCUUGAUGCUAAAAUGGUCAUCAUCCUUGUUUCUGGUUUUGGGAUUGUAAAAUAAAAUCCCAGUUCUUUAAUUUCUGGAUCCAAACUGAGAAACAAACCAUCCAAUAAUCUCCUGACAUAGCACCAGCUGAUUCUGCUGUGCUUCCUGACAAACUGAACUUUAGACUUACUGAAUUUAUAAAAUAUCUUCAGUUUGCAACUUUUCAGAUUCAGCUCACUAAUGUAAACCAUGAUGAUGAUGAUGAUGAUGAUGAUGAUGAUGAUAUGUACAGGUUACUCAUAAACUGAACUUAUUAACCUUUAAGUUCAAAUGAACUCCAGCUUUAUCAGCUGAAACACUUCAGUGAUGCAUUAAAAAUUACAGUUCAAUGAUAUUUAUCCUGAAGUGAGCCAUUCUGCAGAACAGCUGUUUUUCAUUUGUACCUCACAUUUAUAUGUUAAAGGUUUGAGUUUGUUCUAUAUUUGUUUGGUUUUGAUUUCUGGGAAUGGUUGGCAGGAACAAAUGACAAUGAUAAGGUGACAAACAAGUUUGUCAAAGAGCUUUGAAACUGUAUUCUGCCGUUUAAAAAUAUUCAUAUUUGAUGUUAAAGUACUUCUGAUAUGAUGUACUUGUGUAAAUUACAAUCAUUCUGCUGUGUAAAAGUGGUAUUAAAUUUUCUUUGUUUGGGUCUGAACAAGUCCUGGUUUUAAAAAGUGCACAGGAACCCUGAUAAGAAAUAUUGGUCACUCAUACUGACCCGAUGGAGUCGGAACUGCAGAUACAUGUUUAAACAGACAGAUGGUCAUUACAAUGGAUUGUGUUGCACCUACUUUAGCUUUCCAUCUAAACAGAAAAGCAGAGUGAUUCCUAAUUUUCAAUACUGCUCACAUUGAUGCAACUAAUGGAGCAUCUGACCUGAGUAUAAGUCCAAAUGUUGCUCAUCUCUGUGGACAACCUAACAGUGUAGUCCUCAGUAAAGCUCUGUAUUAAGAUGUGAAAGGAGGAGGAGAAUGAGUGAAAGUCUUUCUCCCAUGAUUUUUACUCUUACUCUCCUGAUGGAAAUGGAUUACUUAAGUUUGUUUUUUGUAUCAACAGAAAGAAAAUGUGAGGGAUCAUUCCUGUAAGUUUCAGGUGUUCAGCUCUUCUUCUCUUCCCUUCUUUCUCUCUCUUUCUUCAGGGUUAAGCAGAGAUUACACACAGCAGCAGACAUGUUCCUGGAGGUGGUCUUAAAGAGAGAUUUCCCAGAAUUCAUCACCUCCUACUUGAAUCAGGACCACACCUUUCUCAGCUCGCAGGACAGUGGACAGGUGGAGAGUCCGGGCGCAGACGUUCCCCGACACAAACUGUGAAGAGACUCAGCAGUGAGAUCUCUGCAUGGUAUGAAGGACGGGUUUUUGUGCGACCCUGAUUUAAAGACGCACCAUCAGUGAAUAAUCUGAGAGUUUAUUGUCCUGAAAAACUUUGUUUGAUAUUUUCACAUGACGGAGGAAAGAGCUGUGAAAUCUGAAGUGAUGUUGUAUCCACAUCACCAGCCUGAGACAGAAACUUCUACAUCAACAAAAACUCACUCCCUGGAUCCAGCCCCUAAAUGCAGUCUCCUUGAUCUUCAGGCAAACUGGGAGUACUUAUGAACCCACCAUGCUACCUGACUUUCCACAGACUUCAGCACUGCUCACAGGAGAGAGGAGUGAAAUAAAUCACUUCCAAAGUUCCUGAGACAUCAUUAAAUCAUUGAACAUCAUUGACAUGUUGAGUUCACUGUCCGGUUGGCUCUCCAUAUAAAUGCAUAUAAAAAUAAUAAUAAUGAUGCAUUUUGCCUGUAAAAUGAUCCAUCAGGGUCUAAACAGGACACAGAACAAACAAUAAAGCAGUUCUUCAUAUGAAAGAGUUUUUAAACUUGUACCACACAGAGACAAACACUGUUGUUUUAUUGGAGUUAUUACGGUAUACCUGUGCAGACACAAACAGCUGACUGACAGCUAAUCCAGGUGAACAACCGGCACUAAUUAUUAUAAUUAUUGUCAUUAUUAUUAUUAGUAGUAGUAGUAGUAGUAGUAACAGUUAUUACCCCUUUGUAACUUGUAACAGAAGUUCAUUAUUUUUCUGUGUGGCUGUGAUGCAAACAUACAAACAAAAACACAUGAUGUACUAUUAAACAAUCCUUCUUUAAAAUGUUUCUAAUGGCAGUAAAUCAAAUAUACAAACCCUCAGCUUUGGAUACUUUGAUUCACCUGUGGAAGAAUCAAACAGAAACAACAGAAAUAAAAGCUCCACCCUGAA